CUAGAAAUGCCAUUAACUCCACCUAAUCAAACCGUACAUCCAGCAUAUUUGCUGCUCCCCCUUCUCCUCUUUCAUUUUCCAACAUAUUUACUGACUACUACAGUAUUCAAAAUCAGGCAUUUUGCUCCUUUUUCACCUCUCCCCCUUACUCUAAUUCAAGCAAUAUAAUCUCCGUCUACCUUUUCCUCAAUCUCAAUCCAUCCCUCCUAAAAACCCUAAAGAUAAAGAAUGAAAUCCAUUUAAUUCCCUUUAAAAUUCAAAUCUUAGCUGAAUAUCGACAUAGUUUUGUGACUUCAAAUCAGUUUUAAUUAAAUCAACAAAUUGUCACUUAACAAAGGGGCGGAGGUAGACGGAACCCUAGAAAUCGACGAGCGAGGGGGAGGGAGUUAGGGGGGAAAUGCCAAGCGUGGCUGUGAAAUUAUACAGUGUGUUCUUCAAAUUCAUGUUAAAGCAUCGGUUGCAAAACCGAACCAAUGCCGGCGGAAGCUCUUACGGUGUCACAUCGCGUCCCGAUGAGGAAUCAAUUGCAGCUCCAAAUCCUGUUUUCACCGACGGCGUUGCCACCAAGGACCUACAUAUAGAUCCCACCACCUCCGUUUCUAUCCGAAUCUUCCUACCCGAGACUUGUCUCGGCUCGCCCGAUUCCGAUUUAAGGGCACAAUCUAAAUCUAGGGUUAAGCCUUCCACCAGAUUACCUGAUUCAGGAUCUGAUCCACGUCGAAACAGCUAUGGUGCUGCUACCACUGAUAAUGUAACCGACACGCAUUAUAAAAAUGGCCAUAGUUUCAAUCAUAGGAGAAAUAGCUAUGGAUGUAAUGCGGAUGAUCUUGCUUUGAAAUCUGAAAAUGGGGUUUAUAGAGGAUAUUCUCCAGCUAGUAAAAAAUGUAGAAAGUUGCCUGUGAUGUUACAGUUUCACGGUGGGGGAUUUGUGAGUGGGAGUAAUGACUCGACAUCGAAUGAUUUCUUCUGUAGAAGAAUCGCGAAGCUCUGUGAUGUUAUUGUAAUAGCAGUUGGAUACAGGCUAGCACCUGAGGAUCGGUACCCAGCAGCGUUUGAGGAUGGGUUGAAGGUGCUACAUUGGCUGGCGAAGCAGGCUAAUUUGGCUGAAUGUAGUAAGUCGUUGGGGAACAGACGUGGUGGAGGUGGGGAUAUGAAGAAAUCUGAUAGUCACGGGCACAUAGCGGAUGCCUUUGGAGCAUCAAUGGCGGAGCCUUGGUUGGCUGCUCAUGGAGAUCCGUCGAGGUGUGUUCUCCUUGGAGUGAGUUGUGGAGGAAAUAUAGCUGAUUAUGUAGCCCGGAAGGCAGUAGAAGCAGGUAAGCUUUUGGAUCCAGUGAAGGUGGUGGCACAGGUCUUGAUGUAUCCUUUUUUCAUUGGAAAUGUUCCAACUCAUUCCGAGAUAAAGCUAGCAAAUUCCUAUUUCUAUGACAAGGCUAUGUGCAUACUUGCCUGGAAAUUAUUUUUACCUGAAGGAGAGUUUGACUUGGAUCACCCUGCUGCUAACCCACUAGUUCCUGGGAGAGGAGGACCUCCAUUAAAGCGAAUGCCCCCAACUUUAACAAUCGUAGCAGAGCAUGACUGGAUGAGAGAUCGGGCUAUUGCUUAUUCAGAAGAACUCCGGAAAGUAAAUGUUGAUGCUCCUGUUCUUGAGUACAAGGAUGCUGUUCAUGAGUUUGCUACUCUUGACAUGCUUCUCAAGACCCCUCAGUCUCAGGCUUGUGCUGAGGAUAUUGCUAUCUGGGUUAAGAAGUACAUUUCACUUCGAGGUCACGAGUUUUCCUAUUGAGUUGGACAGAUGGUCUUGUAUAGCAGCAUCUUUGUGACAAACGUUCCUUGCGGUUUGAGGUUCACCAUAUAUGGCCUUUAAGUUCCAUCGCACAUUCUUUUUUCCUCGGGAUGUUUCUUUUGUAAAAUAGAUGUCACUUGCCAGAAACUAGGGUUUAGCUGAGUAUUGAGCCACGAAUUCCUUUUAUUUGAGUUAAGCAUGUAUGUUAUCCUUGUAAACAUUUUUCUGUUGGAGUGAACAACGGAGAUCGAUGUUCCCGAUGAUGUCUUUAUCAAAUCGCACAAGCGUAACUCCUGGUUUUGAGUUA